AUGGGCGUUUGUGCGUCAUGCCUCGGGCGGGGGAACAAGGACACCUAUGACGAAGACGAAGAAUCUCGACUCCUAGACGACGACCCGAACAACGUGCACUAUGGAAGCUUUGGAGAGCAAAGCGUAAACGGCCAGGAGGACCCAAUGGAGGUGCAGCGGGAAACUGAGGCUCUGCAGCGAGUCGUGGCGAAGACGUCCGACAACAUGGUCGAUAUCUUUGAGAUUGCCCCGCAGGAUCACGCACAUCGGCCUGCGCCGACUACAUUUGCGUAUGCAGGGCAGGAAGCCCGCAUCGUACGGUACCAGCACCUGUUGUCGAAACUGGCUUCCAAGGAUGAGGCCCCGGCAGGUGUCCAAGUGGAUUGGCUUCCCCAGGAAGAUGACACGAUCGAGAUGCAACGCGGCGGCCCAACGGUCAAGGCCGAGUCUGACAAGCCCCUUGUUGGGACAUUUGCAGAUGCAGCGGCGGCGAUGGCAUGA